AUGUGGCUCUAUCGGGGCGCCCAGUCCGCAGUCUUCUACUAUGUCACUUGCACCCCCUGCGCCGAAAAUAUCGAUCGUCGGAAACGUAGAAAGGAUGCUUCCCGGGUCCAGCGGGAGAAGGAGAAGGAGCGACGCAACAACGAACUCAUCACCGACCAACCCCGUCCAUUCGCACAACCAACCCCUUUCAGUACCAAUGUAGGCUGGCGGGAGGAAAUCUCCCUAGGCCCUGGUCCCCCAGCCCGUCGGGGUGGUCACCGCAAUGUUCAACGAACGGAUAGUUGGAAUACCGACCAGAGCUCGCAACUCAAGAAAGACAAGAGUGGUGGCCUGAUGCACCCGCUCGGCGAGAAGUGGAAGUCGAUGCGCUACCAACGGGAGGAUGAGCCUCUUUGGGGACAACAGGAAGUCCGUGGAUCAUCCAUUGGAUUCUCCGGACGCGGUCGUGCAGACCCGAACGAAACAUCCAAGUACUACAUCCCCCGCGUGCCGCCUGUGAACGACCUCCACCCGCCCAUUGUUAGUGGACCGUGUAGCCGUGCCGAUACCAGAUGGAUGCUCCAGCCGCCACCAAGUGCCCGAGUGAUGGCCGGUAAAGCAGACAUCACUUCUGUCACUUCGCCGACUGGUGAUACUUUCGGGGGGUUUGGGACUUUAUCCCGGGCACCCAAGAGCGUGGCCAGGGAGAACGAGACCGAAAAAAUAAACAGCGAGACUGGUGACGGCGCGGUCGAUGACACCACUCAGAACCAUCGACCUCGUCGGCCAUCGCUGACUCGACUCCGUAUCGACUCCGAUGGUCCAGACCCAGAAUCACACUCUCGAACUGACUCUAUGUUCUCCACCUCCAACUCGGAUGACUCUCCGAGUGUUGAAUGGAAAUACCCCGAAACUCCAGCAUCCCGCCCUCAAUCGAAAGCCACAGAUGACAUUGACAAGAUCUACCGUCCACAAAUCUCGAAAACUCUCUCCACAAUGCACCGAGACAACAAGAAGGUCCACAUGCUACACGUAGAGAUCAACGACGACCACCGCGAUGAUAUUGGCCUUGGUCAAUUACAGCCCAUUCGCCCAUGGCGUUGGAGCAUGGACAUCUAA